GCGCGCACGUUUUCGUAACGAUUCGUAACCUUCUUGUGUCACAGAGUACGUAAAAUAGCGCAAAACCCGUAAAAUUAUCUUGUCGCAGAACGGCGUAGAAACUUUAUCUUAUUUCGACUAGAGUUUCCUUCGUUCUACCUAAAUUCGCCCAAUCGCGUUGAACAUCAUGCCGACUGACGACGAGGAUCAACAGCAGCAAGGGGAAGAGAAACCGUUCGUCGUGGAGCGCGCGAAAACCGGCCGUGCGAAAUGCAAGAGGUGCAAAUAUCCGAUUGAGAAGGGCGAGAUACGGAUCGCCAAGUAUGUGGUGAGCUUCUUCUCGGAUGGCAAACUGAUGCCAGCCUGGCACCACGUCACCUGUCUGUUCGAGGCGUUCGCGAAACAACGUGCCAGCACAAAGAGGAUCGAGGAUCCCACGGAGGAUGUCAAGGGCUGGGAGCAAUUGUCCGACGAUGACAAAAAGGUCAUCUUGGACAAGUUGGAGGAAUUUGAAAAAUCCUUUCCGACUAAGGCACCGAAAAAAGCUGCAACGCCACGUAAAGCGGCUGCCUCUAAUAAUUCUUCGGGAGAAACAACGAAGAAGACUUCAGAUCAGAAGAAGGUCGCAACAGAUGAUAAAGAAAAAGAUAAGCAGAAGGAUGAUAAGCAGGGAAAGAGCAAAGUCCCGUCGAAGGAUGACUCCUUUCGCGAAUUUCGGCGCGUGUGCAGCAACGUCACCGACGUCGACGCCUACACCGACAAAACCGCAAUUAUUAAGAGGAUGUUCACGAAAGGAUCACUCGGAGACGGUUUUAAGGGCGACAUCGUGCUCUGGUGCAAACUGUUGCUGCCUGGCGCCAUGAAGAGAAUUUACAAUCUGCAGAGCAAGCAGCUGAUAAAGUUGUUCGCGCGGUUGCUGCUCCAGGACGAGGACGCGAUGCUGGAGCAUUUGGAACAAGGCGACGUAGCCGAGACGAUCAGCGUGUUCUUUGAAAAUAGCGCUGCCGCGUCGCCUUGCGCCGCAAGUCUAUUGACUAUCCAAGACGUUGAUCUCUUUUUGGAAAACCUGUCGCGUUUGACCAAGGAGGAGGAGCAGAUCCAGCAUUUUCGAUCUAUCCUCGAUAAAUGUACCGCCAACGAUCUGAAGAUGAUUAUACGUCUGAUUAAGCAUGAUCUGAGGAUUAAUGCCGGGCCGAAACAUAUUCUCGAGGCGGUCCACGCAGAUGCCUAUAAGGCCUUCCAGAUGUCCCGAGAUCUGGAAACGGUGAUACGACGUUUUCUGUCGAAUUUGGAAGAAAAAUCGAGCGCUUCAGGCUCAUCACUAGGUCGGAAUAAAGUGGCCAUCUCGCUGAUGACGCCAGUUUUACCUAUGCUGGCAGAGGCGUGCACGUCCGUGGAAAUGGCGAUGCGAAAGUGCCCGAACGGGAUGUUGUCGGAGGUCAAGUACGAUGGCGAGCGUGUGCAGGUGCACAAAAGCGGAAACGACUUUCGAUACUUCAGCAGAUCUCUCAAGUCGGUCCUGCCGCACAAGGUGAAUCUCUUCAAAGAUUAUAUAGUGCAGGCGUUUCCUGACGGUGACGAUUUAAUCCUUGAUUCUGAAGUUCUCAUGAUCGACAAUGAAACCGGACAACCUUUGCCUUUCGGCACCUUAGGAAUUCACAAAAAAGCUGAAUUCAAAAAUGCCAACGUGUGCCUUUUUGUCUUCGACUGUUUGUAUUACAAUGGCGAGAUACUUAUAGAUAAAUCUAUGCUGGAGCGCAGGAACAUUUUGAAGGACAGAAUGACGGAGAUACCGAACAGAAUAAUGUUAUCGGAGGUUCACGAAGUGCAUGAUCCGCGGGAUUUAGCGGGAAGGAUUGUCGAUGUAUUGAAACUGGGUCUUGAAGGUUUGGUCCUGAAAGACAUCGACAGCAAAUACGAACCGGGAAAGAGGCACUGGUUGAAGGUAAAAAAGGAUUAUCUGUGCGGUGGUGCAAUGGCUGAUAGCGCAGAUCUCGUCGUGCUUGGUGCAUGGUACGGCACGGGCAACAAAGGCGGCAUGCUGUCGGUUUUCUUAAUGGGCUGCUAUGACGAGAGGCACGACAAGUGGUUAACUGUUACUAAAGUACACACGGGGCACGACGAUGCCACCCUGACGAUGCUGCAGGAUCAGCUGGACAUGGUGAAAAUCGGCAAGGAUGUGGAGAAGCUACCGAGCUGGUUGCAUGCCAAGAAACCCAUGGUGCCGGAUUUCGUGGCGAAAGAUCCCAAGAAGCAGCCAGUAUGGGAGAUAACGGGCGCCGAGUUUACGAACCAGGGGGUGCACACCGCGGACGGCAUCAGCAUCCGAUUUCCGCGUGUCACGCGGAUUCGCCAUGACAAAGACUGGUCAACGGCUACCACCCUGGACGAGCUGCGUGUUCUCUUCAAAAGGAAGCCCGAGUCCGUUGAUUUCGGCCGCUUGCUCGGUACGUUAACUGAUGUAAAGACUUCUCUGAGGAAGAAACCGUCCGAUCCCGCAAAGAACACAUCGCCGAAGAAGAUCGAGAGCUCGAGAACGAACUUCUGGGACGAGCCAUCGACGAGCUCUAGAGCUGAGAAAGAGCUGCCGGAAGACAUCGAGGAGGAAGUCAAAGAAGUACCGCUUCAGGAAGGAAUCCUCAAAAGACGAAAAGAGAAUGACUGCGACGAAGAAUCGUCCGACAAAGUUCGGUCGGAGAGGAAGAAAGUGAAACGUGAGAUUAAGAGAAAAACGGAGGAUCCCUCGUCAACAAAAUUAAAAAAGGAAGGAAAAUCGAAUUCGAGGACGGAAGGAUCCUUCGAGUCUUCGUUCGAUGCGAGUUCCAUUGAUUCGGAUGUUGAGGUUACCAAAUUCAGUAAUGUGCUGCAAGAGGUGCGAGCGAGUCUCGCGCCUGGUUUCGACACGAGCAGGAAGAAGGACACGCGAAGGAUGCUUAAAACACUCGGCGCCAUGAUAGUUACGUUGGUGAACGGACACGACUCGACAGCAACCCACGUCAUCCACACCCGCGCGGAAAUUCCGUCCUCGGCUAUCCUCGGGGAGUACGCGGUCUUUCCGCGGACCGUCAGGCACGUGAACGUCUCCUGGCUGGAGGAAACCGCCGCGCAGUCCAGGAAGCAGGACGAAAUUCGACACGCGGUCCAGCUGACCGGCGAUUACUGUGAUUGCCCAUGCACGCAUCGUUAACGCAACAAAUACAUACAUGCACGUAUUCCGUAUACAAUGAUUUAUGAACAACUCGUGUUUUGUAAAUGUCUUUAAUAAUAAAAUUUGUAAAUGUUAAUUAAGUAUGUGAAGUUGUAACAAAGCAAAAUUUAAGUGUCUUCUGGUGAAAAUAAGAAAUAAAAUUAAGUAGCAAGGAAA